UUUUCAUUUCUGCUCUCUCUCUCUGGUGUUGUUUUGUUUCAUAGAGUAUGGAGAAUCCUCUGCGUCUCAAGUCAUUGAAUCACAUUUCCAUUCUGUGUAGAUCACUUGAGGAAUCUGUUGAUUUCUACCAGAAUGUUCUUGGUUUCUUCCCCAUUAGGAGGCCUCGUUCUUUUGAUUUUGAAGGCGCAUGGCUAUUCAAUUAUGGAAUUGGCAUACAUCUCCUGAAAUGUGAAGAUCCUGAUAAAAUGCCCUCCAUCUAUUCGAUAAACCCCAAAGACAACCACAUAUCUUUCCAAUGUGAGAGCAUGGCGACAGUGGAGACAGUACUGAGAGAGAUGAAGAUAGAGUACGUGAAGGCUAGAGUGGAGGAGGAGGGUGGAAUCUACGUAGAUCAGCUGUUUUUUCACGACCCAGAUGGUUCAAUGAUCGAAAUUUGCAAUUGCGACGUGCUGCCAGUUGUUCCAUUGGCCGAAGAGACCGUCCGAUCGUGUUCCACUGUCAACUGCAUUCUGCAGCAACAGAAGGCAGCCUAUUGCUAAGACUUUUCCCAUUAAGCACGACUGUAUUCAUGUAAAAUGACAUUUGGACAUCAGAAGUGUUUGCCAUUGUAAUGGACCAGAUAAAUGAAGGACAACACUGCUUUCAUGUCGUUAUCAAGAUAUGUAAUAAAAAGAGAUUCUAUA